AUGGCAACUCAAUUCAAUAACGAGAAGGACAUUCCCAUCUCGAAACAAAGCUUCCCGGGCAAAGACCACGAUAUGCCGAAUCCAGCGCCCACCCGCGACCAGCUACCAGAUGCACGAGGCAACGCAACAACAUACCAUGCUGCGAACAAACUCAAGGGGAAGCGUGCCAUCAUCACCGGCGGUGACAGCGGAAUCGGCGCCGCGACUGCAGUGCUCUUUGCCCGAGAAGGCGCCACGUCUUGCAUCGCAUACCUGCCCGAGGAGGAGAGAGACGCUCAAGACACGCGUGAGCAAGUCGAGAAUUUCGGGGGCGUCUGUCAUCUGAUCGCCUUGGACCUCGUGAAGAAGGAGAGUUGCAAGAAAGUAGUCGACUUUGCCCUUGAGAAGAUGGGCGGCAUCGACAUUCUCUUCAACAACGCCGCUUACCAGAUGGUGGUGGAGAGAAUCUCCGACCUCUCCGAGGAGCAGUGGGAGCACACGUUCAACAUCAACAUGCAUUCCUACUUUUACAUGGCCAAAUACAGCCUGGAACACAUGGGCGCGGGGGCCACCAUCGUCAACAACGCCUCCAUCAACGCCUACAUCGGCCGGCCGGACCUUCUCGACUACACGUCGUCAAAGGGCGCCAUCGUCUCCUUCACACGAGGUCUGAGCAAUCAGUGUCUCGAGCGAAGCAUCCGAGUCAAUGCAGUCGCGCCGGGACCCGGUACGUCAAUCCGCACCUAA